AUGGCAUCUAAACUUAUUUUUCUUAGCAUUAUUUUCUACAUAGCUUUAGUCCAAUUGGGCUUCAGUUCAGCCAAGAUUUGUUAUCAAUGUGACGAACUUCAUCCAUCUAGUCGAUGGAAAUUCUGGGGUGAAAAAAUAACAAAAUGUAAUGGCGUUUCUCUUGAUAAAUAUGCUACUAGAACUUCAAAAUUAUUUGGUACUGCUGUUUUAACAUGCUAUACGAAAUUCAACGAAGCUGGUGAAAUUAUUAAACGAGAUGCUUAUGGUUUUGGUGAAUCAUUUGAUAAAAAUUUCAAAUGUCGCGAUCGUUUUCACAUAUGUUGUAAAGGAGCUUUUUGCAACAAACAUAUGAGAGCACCUUGUCCACCGGCAGUGAAAUCAACACCAAAACAAGAAGUUAAAGCAUGCCAUGAAUGCAAAGGUGCUGAAAAUUGUAAAACCGAAAAACUCGACGGAUUUAAUAUUCGUACUUCAAGCGCUUUUGGUGCCAGCAAUCUAUAUUGUUAUACAAGAUUUGAUCCAAAGACAGGUGUUGCUAUUGAACGUGGUGGUUUCGGCUUUGGUGAAACAAUUGACAAAAGUCUUAAAUGCGAUUCUAAACAUUAUCUCUGCUGCUAUGAAAACUUGUGCAACACCCAAACAGUUGGUUUCUGUGCUAAGCCAAAUAAUUAA